AUGAAGUUCUCGACUCUUUUCACUGUUGCUGCUGUCCUUGUGGCCGGCGUUGUCUCGGCCGCUCCUGAGCGUGCUCACGAGCUGAAGGCUCGCGUGCAGGCUGAGAACGGUCUGGAGAAGCGCCGUGGUAACGGCAAGAUGACCUGGUACGGUGGCGGUAUGCUUAGCGCCCCGGCUUGCGGUGGCUCCGCUCCCUCGGACAGUGACCACGUUGUGGCUGUCCCUGCGGAUGGGAACACUGGCCGCUGCAAUCAGCGUGUUCGCUUCCACUACCAGGGAAAGACGGCCGAGGCCGUGGUUCGUGACUACUGUGAUGGCUGCGAGUACGGUCACUUUGACGCUACCCGUGGUCUCUUCCAGAACUUUGCUGACCUCGACGCCGGUGUCCUCACUGGUGUAGACUACGAGUUCAUCUGA